AUGGCAAGACUCGUUUCUCUCUCUACCCUCCCCUCCUCUCUCCUCCUCCCCCCUAACCGCCUCCUUUCCUCCUCCACUCGCCUCCGCUCUCAACUUUCUCCAUCCUCUUCCUCCCGUUUCACCACCGUCCGAUGCCGAGUCAACCGUGCCGGAAACUCGACCUACUCCCCACUGAACUCAGGAAACUCCAAUUUCAGCGAGCGCCCACCCACCGACAUGGCCCCUCUCUUCCCUGGUUGCGACUACGAACACUGGCUUAUUGUUAUGGAUAAACCUGGGGGUGAAGGGGCCACUAAACAGCAAAUGAUUGAUUGCUAUGUUCAAACCCUCGCUAAGGUCCUUGGAAGUGAAGAGGAAGCUAAGAAGAAGAUUUACAAUGUUUCCUGUGAGAGGUACUUUGGAUUCGGAUGUGAGAUUGAUGAGGAGACAUCUAAUAAGCUGGAAGGGUUGCCUGGAGUUCUCUUUGUUCUCCCUGAUUCAUAUGUUGAUCCCGAAAACAAGGACUAUGGUGCUGAGUUAUUUGUGAAUGGAGAGAUCGUCCAGAGGUCACCUGAAAGACAGAGAAGGGUGGAGCCACAGCCACAAAGACAUCAAGACAGACCGAGGUACAAUGAUAGAACAAGGUAUGUUCGACGCAAAGAAAACACAAGAUGA